AUGCAGCUCAAGAACUCCAUGCUUCUGUUGACCGCCUUGACGGCUGGUUCUUCCGUCGCUCGCAUGCACGGCCAUGAGCGCCGCCACCACCACCACGAGAAGCGCAACGUCGGUGACGAGGUCUACGCUGUCAUCGAUGGUGUUCUCGAGUCCUGGGUCAACGACUGGUCUGGCUCUGCUACGACUACCGUCGAGUCCAACAAGGCUGCUGCUACCGUCGCGGCUGCUGCCACUAUCGAGGUGAGCGCUAACGUCGCUGCCUCUGCUACCGUGGCCGCCAGCGCUGCUGCCGCUACUUCGAGCUCCGCCUCGGUUGUCUCUUCUGCCGACGGCACCUGCAAGUCCUGGUCUGCGACCUCGUCGAGCUACUCCCGCUCUGGCUUCGGAGCCAAGUCCAACGCCAAGCGCACCACCGAUGCCAUCUACUACUCCGGUAACGUCGGCAGCCCCUGGGGCAGCAACAUCAUCGAGGUUAGCGAGGAUAAGGCCUGUCUCUACCAGUAUGUCGUCCGCUUCCAGGGUAGCUCGUCCGACGACUGGACCGUCAAGUUCUGGAACAAGAUCGGUCCCGACGGUGGUCUGAACGGCUGGUACGGCAACUCGGCUCUGGAGUUCAAGAUCAAGGCCGGUGAGACCCGCUACGUCGCCUUCGACUCCGACUCCCAGGGUGGCUGGGGUGCUGCCAAGGGUGACUCUCUUCCCACUGACGAGUACGGCGGUUACUCUUGCACCUGGGGUGAAUUCGACUUCGGCAACACUAGCAACGACGGCUGGUCCGGCUGGGACGUGUCCGCCAUCCAGGCCCAGAACGCUGGCCAGGAGGUCCAGGGUAUGAAGAUCUGCGACCACACCGGUUCCAAGUGCUCCACCAUCGGUAACGCUCUCGCCUCGGUCAUCAACGCCUACACUUCCAACCUCGCCGAUGCUGACGGCAUUGGUGGUAACUCCAACGAGGAGGCUGUCCGCUUGGACGUCGAGCUUGACUUCGCCUAG